AUGGAAGGAAAGGUAGCUUUGUUUAUUGUUUAUGUUGAUGAUAUCGUUAUUACAGGAAAUGAUUAUGAUCAAAUUGAUCAUUUAAAGGGACUUUUGGCAAAGGAAUUUGAAGUUAAGGACUUGGGACAACUGAAGUAUUUUUUAGGGAUGGAAGUUGCUCGAACAAAGGAUGGUAUCUAUGUAUCACAAAGGAAAUACACCCUUGACUUACUUCAAGAAACUGGAAUGCUUGGGUGCAAGGCAGCUAAUACACCAAUAGAACAAAUAAAAGGAAGAGAAGAUGAAAGUCCACCAGCCGACAAAGAUAGAUAUCAAAGUUUAGUUGGGAAACUAAUCUACCUAUCUCACACUAGGCCCGACAUUGGGUUCGCUGUAAGCUUGGCUAGUCGCUACAUGUCAAAUCCAACUGAGUCUAACAUGAAAAUGACGAAUAGAAUCCUCCAAUAUCUCAAAGGCACACCAGGCCGAGGCCUCCACUUCAAGAGGAAUUCAAACAGGGACAUUGAAGUUUAUACAGAUUCAGAUUGGGCAGGAUGCUCCACAGACAGAAAAUCGACUACAGGCUAUUGUUCAUUUGUGUGGGGGAACCUAGUAACUUGA